CCACGAAAAAUUCCCAUCGCACGCUUUCUCUCGCUGCCAGUCUUGAAAGUUCCGUCGAAGUUCUUGUGUGCGCAUCCUCAUCCCAGUGUGUGGCAUUUUCGCUGUGGUUCAGUGAAAAGAAAGAAAAGAAUAGUUUUGUGUUUCUUCUAAUCCAGAGUUUUCAACUCGAUAAAACUUCUUAUUCAGAUAAAAAAUGGCCCCACCAGCAUACGCAGAUCUCGGCAAGCAGGCCCGCGAUGUCUUCAACAAGGGCUACCACUUCGGUCUAUGGAAGCUGGAUGUGAAGACCAAGACCAACUCUGGCGUAGAGUUCAACACCAGCGGAUCGUCCAACCAGGACAAUGGAAAGGUGUUCGGUUCCCUGGAGACCAAGUACAAAGUCAAGGAGUACGGUCUGAACUUCUCCGAGAAGUGGAACACAGACAACACUCUGACCUCGGAGGUGUCCGUCGAAAAUCAGCUCGUCAAGGGUCUGAAGCUGUCCUUUGAUGGAUCGUUCGCUCCGCAAACCGGAAGCAAGACCGGACGUUUUAAGACUGCCUACUCGCACGAUAAGGUCCGCGUCGAUGCCGACGUCAAUGUCGAUCUCGCAGGACCACUGGUAAACGCUUCCGGUGUGUUCAACUACCAGGGCUGGCUGGCCGGUUACCAGGUUGCAUUUGACUCGCAGAAGUCCAAGGUCACCGCCAACAACUUCGCUCUCGGCUACUCGACCGGUGACUUUGUUCUGCACACCAACGUUAACGAUGGCCGCGAAUUCGGUGGUCUGAUCUACCAGCGAUGCAACGAUCGUCUGGAAACCGCCGUUCAGCUGUCGUGGGCCUCCGGCUCCAACGCUACCAAAUUCGGACUCGGCGCCAAGUACGAUUUGGACAAGGAUGCCUGCGUCCGCGCUAAGGUCAACAAUCAGAGCCAGAUCGGUCUGGGCUACCAGCAGAAGCUGCGCGACGGAGUCACCCUGACCCUGUCCACGAUGAUCGAUGGCAAGAGCUUCAACACUGGCGGACACAAGAUCGGUGUUGCUCUGGAACUCGAAGCCUAAGCGAGUCAAAAUCGUGUUCGUGUUUUAACAAACAGAUUCAAAUCUAAUAACUAUUAAAGAAAUAAAAAAAAGUGAAAAACCACAUAGUAAAAAAACAAACAUUCGCAUCAUGAUGAAAGACAGCAUGUCUCGGUAAGAGCGCACUCCCCACACUGGUUAUGGGAUGAGUUUUGCGAAUACUAAAUGCACUGCCCACGAGGAAGAAGCAGUCCGCAGUGAGACGUGAACAAAAGAUACACAGUCAAGAAUCAAAUAAAGAUGAAGAAUCAGUACAGUCCUUAAAACUAGA